AAGAGAACAGGAAAGGUUGGUAAUAGUGACUGACUGUUAUCCAAUCCUUCCUGUUCAUUGCGUGUGUGUCUGAGAGAGAGACAGAGAGAGAGAAGAGAGAAUGGGAGUCUCCCUUCUCUCAGUUCCAGCACCUCAUCAGAGCUUACUCAACAGAAGCACAUGGUUGCAUGGCUCAACAACUCCCAUUAGAUACCCAUCUAAACUCACCGUCAUCCCUCACUCUUCUUCUUCUUCAACUUCUGUUGUAGAAGAAAGCCCUCCUCCUCCACCUGAUGCACUUCCUGUCCAGCCAGAAGCUGCCACCGAUGACACUGACAAGCUCCCUCUGAGGGGUUGUCAGGCCUGUGGGAGAGAGGAAAUGGAGAGGGGAUGCAAUGGUGAAGGUAGGAUUCAAGGUGGUAUUGCAACAGUUCCAGGCUUUGGCUGGUGGCCAAUAAAGGCUUACAGGCCUUGCCCUGCAUUUUUAGCAUCUGGUGGUAGGUAUAGGCGACGCGGGCAAAGCAUGGAUGAGGUUGCCUCUGGUGGCAGCACGACAAGGCAAAGGUCCAAGGAAAUUUGAGAGGUAGCAUUGUAUGACAAAGAAUGAUAAAGACAAGUCAAGCCACUUAACAUGUGGGAGGGAGAAAUAUGUGCAGCUAUAGGUCAUGGUCUUGAUCUCUACUCAUUGCCGUUGGAGGGGUAAAGGAAGAAUGAAUGAAAGAAUGAGAAGAUAAAUGAUUAAUCUCUUUUUUAUUACAUCCCAACAUAUCUAGUAUUUGAAUGAGAUUCGGUGGGUCUGUGCUACAAAACCUACAGUUCAUCUAAUAUUCUGUAAAUGGUUUUUGAAUGGUGGACAUUUCAAUCAAUGAGCUAUAUUCCAAGCAAA